UCUUCCACUACUCUCUACAAAUGCAUGUUGAACCAGAUUGUAUUUUUUUUUUCAAGAUUGCAAAGACUUUGACAACUUCUUGUUGGCACUUUUUCUUGCAUUAAAAGUUGUAAUGGAAAGAUAUGAGAUAGUGAAAGACAUAGGAUCUGGGAAUUUUGGAGUUGCGAAGCUUGUUAAAGACAAGUCUUCCGGUGAGCUUUUCGCUGUCAAAUACAUCGACAGAGGCCAAAAGAUUGAUGAACAUGUAGAAAGAGAGAUUUUGAACCACAGGUCACUCAAACACCCUAAUAUAAUUCGAUUCAAAGAGGUGUUACUAACAGAGACUCAUCUCGCCAUAGUCAUGGAGUAUGCCGCCGGUGGAGAGCUUUUCGAGAGAAUAUGUACGGCCGGUAGAUUCAGUGAGGAUGAGGCAAGAUUUUAUUUCCGGCAACUCAUAUCAGGAGUCAGCUACUGCCAUUCAAUGAAAAUUUGUCAUAGAGAUCUGAAGCUCGAGAACACGCUCUUGGACGAGAGCUCUACUACAACCCACCUUAAAAUCUGCGACUUCGGAUAUUCUAAGUCGUCGGUGUUACAUUCCCAGCCCAAAUCAACAGUUGGGACGCCUGCAUAUAUCGCACCAGAAGUCUUGUCCAAAAAAGAGUAUGAUGGCAAGAUUGCAGAUGUUUGGUCUUGUGGGGUUACAUUAUAUGUCAUGCUGGUUGGUGCUUAUCCUUUUGAAGAUCCGGAUGAUCCAAGAAACUUCAGAAAAACACUAACUCGGAUACUUGGCGUGCAAUACUCCAUUCCAGACUAUGUUCGAGUUUCCAUGGACUGCAAACAUCUUCUAUCUCGGAUAUUCGUAGAUAGCCCAGAAAAGAGAAUAACAAUUGCGGAAAUAAAGAAGCAUCCAUGGUUCAUGAAGAACAUGCCGGCUGAGUUUACAGAUGAGGAAGAGUCUGGUGUAGAAGUCAUGAAGGCGAAUACAGAGUUGCAAAGUAUCGAACAAGUAAUAUCGAUAAUACAAGAGGCGAGAAAAGGUGGAAUGAGUGGCAAACAGGAGGGCCAAUUUGUAGGAGGGAGUGUGGAUCUUGAUGAUGAAAUAGAUAGUAAUGAUGAGCUUGAAGAUGAUGAUGAUGUCGAUACAAGUGGGGAUUUUGUUUGUGCAAUGUAAAUGUUUGUUGGUUUUUUGUCUACACAACCCAAGUAAAUUGUGUUUGCGUUUGUGUUUUUUCAUUGUAAAAACGAUUAAAUGUAGUAUUAAGGAAAUACUAAUUAUUGUAAUAUUAAUUAUUGCUCUGUA